AUGCUCAGAAACUCCAUGAGCAAUGGUGGCCAACUUCAUUGUGGAGGCAUGGUUUCUCUUAUAGCUGAACAUCUUGGCCUCCAUUUACCCAACAAUCCGACCGGUAUAAUUCUGGGUCGUACUCAUUUAUCACUUGAUGUUAUGGAGACUAUGCACCUCUUUCACCGCAAUCCCAAUGUGGAUGUUCAUUGGACCGUUGAUGGUAAAGAGUAUCUACGCAUUGAUAGCCGAAAUAAGAAGAUACGCCCUUUGGCCAAUGACAUCCCUUCUACAAAUUGGCAUGUCCAGUCCAACUUGGAUGUUACUGCAACCCGUAGACCUCCAACCACCAUUCCUAAUCCUCCCGCUCCAGAUGCAACUACGGGUGCUUCCAGCUCAUCUCACCCUAUUCCUUUUCCUGAACACAACCUUUACAUGGGUGAAUUUGCAUGCUUAGACCACUAUUACACGAGAUUACAGUAG